CCGCCAACUCCGCCAACUUCGCCAGCAUCGCCCCGCAUCUCACCUCCAGCACCCCCCAUAUUCCACCAGCACAUACCAAGCCUCGAGAUAUACCAUCCCUCCCUCACUGCAUCUCCAGCACCGGCCCUCAAAUCAUGUCUUCUCUCGAGCUCCAUCGUCUGGCCUUGGCAGCACUCCCUGCCCUCGCCGAUGCCACCGCUGGCGAGCACCUCGCUCCCACCAGCCACCACGAGCUUGUCGCACUGUAUCUGUUUUCACUUCUGCACGCACUCGGGUUCCGACCGGCGUCUCUCGACAGCUCCUCCUCGGCGGCUCAGGUCCGCAAGGCCCUAGCUGCAAACUGGAAUCGAAUCCGCCAGGGCCAAGUGUUUGCAACAAGCCAUAUCGAUCCGGCGGCCAAGGACGUCCGUCUGGAGCUCAGGCUCGUUCCGAUUGCCAACCGCAUCUUUAUUCACUCGUGGAUCGACCAGGCCGACCCAGACAUCAGAACCCUUGAGAUCAAGUCUACGGACUAUUUCCCAAGCACGCUGGACCUGCCGCCUGCAGCAGUGCAGGCCAUCUUUCGCCCAGACGACGAACAGCUUGUUCUACUUGCGUCUCUGCUCCAGACCCAUCUUAUCGACCCUUCAGCGACCAGCAGCAUCCGCGAAAGCACGCAGGCACUGCUUGCGUCCGGCCCGACCAACUCCGAGAGAACAGCUGCGGCAUCGAUCGGGCAGGACCAUGCUGCUCCAGCCAACCCGAUCUCAUCGCAGGAGCCUCUCCGCGAUCCACGCCGCUUCGAGCCCGGACCACUCUACCCUCAGUCGUCGCCGUUCUCCAUCGGGAAUGCGGACUUGGACCCGCUGGCUGCUUCUCCAGGAAUGUUCGGUGGACGUCCGCCCGUUGGCGGAUUCGGGGGUGGCGGCAUGGUUGUUCGCCCAGGACAUCCUAUCUUCCAAGGAAGUGCUCCGGGCGGCCCAUUGGGUCCACCCAGCCUCGGCGGGCCUCCAAGGUUGCCUCCGGGUGCUGUCCCGCCUGGCGCUCGCUUUGAUCCUAUCGGUCCGUUUGGGCCGGUUCCUGGAUCUGGAUUCAGGCCGAUAGGGCCCGGCGGCCCUCGUGGCUCGCGACCGUUCAGCGGCGAUCCCGACAACGACGAGCUACCUCCUCCUGGAUACAACGAUAUGUAUUUGUAGCUCCUCAUCUGCGAACCAAGGUUACGAAUGGCAGCGCCAAAUAACCCAGUCGGGCCUCAGACGGGAAAUCUGCUCGCUGUCCGGUCUGCAAGAGGCGGAUGACUGUUAUGAGGGGGUGUA